AUGGACAAUAGUCAACGGUAUGAACGAGCUCAUGGUGUGCAGGAACGGCCCCGAAGCGCAUCCCUACCUACUGUCCUGCCGUCCAAUGACGCCCGCCUCCCCUCCGGUCCAUCAGUUGCCGUCCCCGUCUUAGCUCCUUCACCAGACCUCUUGAAGUCCGCAAUCCCUGUUGAAUCGCCUUCCACAAUUAACCUGCACCCGUCUGUCCGGAUUGGCACUGGCUCGAACGUAGCAGUAUCACCCGCGACCUCGUCCCUUGCCAUUGCCGCCGAGGCUGUUGCGGCAGUUGCGGCUGCUGAGGCCGCAGCUCAAGCGGCAACAGCGGCUUCCUCUGCUGCUUCAGCUGCAGCCGCGGUGGCUAUUGCCGCUAUAAAGGCCAGUGGUGGCAUGCCUCCAUCGACUUUCGUGCCAGUGCAAGCCACUCUUCAACACUUGACGAGUUUACCGGCAGCUCCCGACAUCGUUGGAGGCUCCCGAGAUGCCACCCCCGCCUUUCAGCUGUCCUCUCCGAACCCUCAAAUCGACAGUUCCGUCUCGUCAGACGGUACCGGCAAGUUGAAUGGGAGUAUCGUGUCGAGAAUGAUGCUUGGGCUGGAGUUCCCUGAUAUAGAUCCAGAGCGUUUCGCAGUGUGGUCCCUUGACAAGAACGAAACCCCUGGGGAGAUGUAUCCUCGAACGCGCCCAAAUAUACGUCCUCCGUCGUCUGCCUGGGACAGUCCUGGUCCAUGCAUACUUGAGUCAAACAUUGUCCAGAGCACCCCAAGUGGUAUACGACACUUGGUAUCGAAGGCUUCUCGCAAACGAGCCUCGGCGGUGCCCUACUCAACGUCAUGGGAGACGGCUGAAGGUUGGCCUUUGACGGAGGAUGAGAGGUACCUAGGCCUGAGAAACGACUUGAGCAUUUCUGGUGCUCGCGGAGAGUAUCUCGAAAUUGUCGCUCACCCUAUUGUCUACCGAAGCGACGACUUAUGGGAUUUUUUGACGACCGAGUCAACCUCCGAACCGGCAUUCACCAAUAAAGCAUUCAGAUCUGAACAAAGGUCCAUAACUAGUCGGCCGGUUCCUCUUUUCGAAAUCCACUCUGGUCUAUUAGACGAGGUGAAAUCGGCAUUGGUUAAAAACCUGUCCCAUACGGACGUGAACUUCAGGCACAUUCAUCUACGCUACACUCCGACCUCUAUCAGGGGCAGCAACUCCAGCGAAAGAGCGUUGAGGCGCUGGACCAAUAUAGAGGUACAUGCCCAUACGGCUCUCUUUCUGGUUGCCUGCAUUCGCCACGAUAUCGACAUGUGUGAAUACAUCUUCGGCUCGGAAGUUGCCCGCGCGAAUGUGGCGUCGGAUAUUCGCACCCAUCGCCUUUUCCCAAUUGUUGGUUCCUUCGUCAUUCGCCGUUUGCUGGCAAAUGGGCCACAUAUCGGGGACUACUACAAGCCAGAUAGUACCAAGUGGGGGUUGGAGGCCAUACAGCCUUAUCACGAUCUACUGGUCUCCUUUAUUCGUGAACAAUCGACUCUAAACGACAUUCAUAAGCGAACUCGCUAUCAUCAGCUAAUCGACAUGUUCUUACCGGACGAAUCUGCACAUAUUGCGCCUUAUCACCAGACCGAUAACAUUGAGCUAUGUGCAAUUCGAAUGGGAACUAUUUACGCAGCGGUCAUCAGCACAGUAUCCGACAUCCUGGAGGAUACCACGAAACACGACAGCAACAAGGAGGCGGCCUGGGCCUCUGUGGUUGCCAUCGUCAGUGGAGGCGUUUCAGCUGGUGCAGCAUUUAUACCUGCGUCUGGGGUUGGCGAUUCGGCGACAACGUUGGCCAAUUCAAUCACUUCUGCUCUGUUUAACAGGGCAACUGCCAGAUACAAGCAGAGACAGAGCUCCCUUCGCGGGGCUGUAACCCAAGUGAUAUCAACAGUCAUGUGA